CUCGCGCAUACGCGAGAUGGAUGUAUUUCAAUGAGUGGUAAAGUCAAGGCAUUGAGAUAAGUCUGUCUUUCCCGGUUGCUCCUCGCCUGUUAGGCCCUUUCUACCCCUCAAAUUGCAUCGCUACAUCUCCCUGCAACAUGGCUCCACGAGUGAUCUACUGGUUUCGGACCGACCUUCGCUUGCAUGACUCGCCCGCUCUCAACGCAGCGUUAGACCUGAAGCCGGAGGUGCUCUACCCCAUCUGGUGCUGGGACAGCCAUUACGUCUAUCGCGCAAGAGUGGGUGUCAAUCGUUGGCAAUUCCUGCUCGACUGCCAGCAAGACGUCUCAAAGAGUAUUUCGAAGCUCAACAAGAAGAGCAAGUUAUUCGUCUUGCGCGAGCCGGCGGUCACUUUGCUGCCCAAGUUGUUCAAAGCAUGGAACAUCUCCCAUCUCGUGUUCGAAAAGGACACAGAUGCGUAUGCGCGCGAGCGGGAUGCGCAAGUCAUGGAGCUGGCGAGGAAGGCGGGCGUGGAGGUUAUCGUCAAGGCUGGGCGGACGUUGUGGGACAGCGAUGAGCUUGUCAAAGCCAACGAUGGGAAGCCGACGAUGAGUAUGAGCCAAGUGCAAAAGGCGGCAGAGAAGCUGGGGGAGCCGGACAAACCGGUCGACACUCCGAAGACUCUUCCGGAUCCCGGAGAUAUGAAGCUCGACUUUGACCAGACACAACCCAAAUCAGCACCAGACAUCAACGAGAAGCACCGCGAUGAGAAGGAAGGGACUUAUAGUGCCGGCAUUGCCGGUCCAAAUGGCGAUUUCUCGGUGCCGACGCUUGAAGAACUAGGCAUGAAGCCUGCAACAACGCAGCACCGCGGCGGAGAAAGCAUCGCGCUCAAAAUGCUGGACGACAUCAUCGCAAACGAGGAAUACACAGGCACCUUCGAGAAGCCCAAGACAUCUCCCGCUGCAUUUGAGCCGCAGGCAACCUGCCUGACCUCGCCAUAUCUACAUUUUGGCGCGCUUAGCGUCAGAUACUUUUACCAUAAAGUACAAGACGUGGUCGAGAAGAGGCGAAGGGCCAAGAAAGCCGUUUCCGAGGUGCCAGUCAGCUUGAAGGGUCAGCUACUCUUCCGCGACAUGUACUUUGGCGCGCAGGCAAAGCUAGGCUGGAGUUUCGGACAGACGUACAACAACUCGCACUGUAGAUUCAUCCCCUGGCACUUACCCAGCAAAGUCGACGUCAACAAGAAGCUCAUUACGGGCGAGUACGAGGUCGAUGACGAGGAGAAAGACAUCUGGUUCCAGCGAUGGGCGCACGGCAAGACCGGGUUCCCGUGGAUCGACGCGAUAAUGCGACAACUGCGGCAGGAAGGCUGGAUCCAUCAUCUAGCAAGGCACUCGGUCGCCUGCUUCCUGACCCGUGGCGGCUGCUACAUAAGCUGGGAGCGCGGAGCAGAAGUGUUCGAAGAGCUACUCAUCGACCACGAAGCCGCGUGCAACAUCGGCAACUGGCAAUGGCUUUCGUGCACCGCCUUCUUCUCCCAAUUCUACCGCUGCUACAGCCCGGUCGCUUUCGGCAAGAAGUGGGAUGACAACGGCGAUUUCAUUCGCAAGUUCGUGCCGGAGCUGAAGGACAUGCCGAAAAAGUACAUCUACGAACCGCACAAGGCGCCCAUUGCAGACCAGAAGAAGGCCGGCGUGCUGAUCAAGGGCGAUGGCGAGGAGACGGAGCGAGAUGGAGUCGCCGUCUAUCCCAAGCCCAUGUUCGAUUUCAACACGCAGCGAGAGAUUUGCAUGCAGGGGAUGAAGAGCGCGUAUGCUGUGGGCUUCUACGGCAACAGCAAGGCGGUCAUGGAUGGGACGUGGAAGAAGGCUUUUGACGAUUCCGGUGAAGGGCCGACGUCUGGUGAGCAAGGGGGCCCAGCCGGCCUUGACAGCUUCGAAGAUGCAGAUGGGACGGAGGAGCUGAUUACGUCGCCUCCGACGGCGAAGAGGGCGGGAAGGAACGAGGGGUCCACGGGAAGUCCGAAAUCGACGCGAGGCCACAAACGGGAGCACAGUCAGAGCACUCUUGAGGGGAGUUUCAAGAAGAAGGCGAGGUGAUUCACAUGUUCGUUGGGAUCGCGACGCCUAGUGGCUAUUUCCAAGAUGCACCAUCGGGCUUGUCCAUGUACAAGUAUCAGACAUGUCGGACGUCACUAGGAAAAUGACGAUCAAUCUGCGCGUGUCGCCAACCCAUAUCGCCGUUUCCAAGAAUUCUAGCAAUACUGGCCGUCACCGCUCCGAAACGUCCAGUGCUCUCGCGAACAUCGAAGCUACAAGUAACCAGAUUGCAGAAAUGCCCACUCUGGCCCAAAGCCAAGCCUCGUACAAAACCCCGAUGCCCAACACUCCCUUCCAACUCCCGCACGACCUACCCAGCUGUAGCCGAGGCAGUGUCCUGGUCAACAUACGCCACAGCAUUGAGAGGACCUCCAC